AUGUCGACGAGCGUGCCACCGCCGCCGUCUACUCGUUCAAGUGACGACGAAAACCCAUACCUCCAGCACCAGAAAAAGAAGAAAAAGAAGGAUAUGAAGAAGGAUACAUCAGAAGAUGGUUCUCCAUCCGAUCCGCUGCAGGGUGUCGUGCGUCGGAAGGUGACAGGUGCUCAGGCGCGCCGGAUCCUGGAUAGCGAGACAAAUGUGUUUGUAUCUGACGGACCGCGUAACUACUCAGAAAAGUACCAAAAAAUUCUCAAAGACCGCAAGGAGCUGCCCGUAUAUGCUCAAAUGGACGAAUUCUACGAAAAGUUCAACGCUAAUCAAAUUACCGUCGUAAUUGGUGAGACUGGUAGCGGUAAGACUACUCAGAUCCCACAAUUUGUCGCCCUUUCAGACUUACCUCAGAAGAACAGGGUGCGUGCGGCUGAUGGCGUCGAGGUGCCGCGCAUGAUUGCGUGUACGCAGCCACGUCGUGUGGCGGCGAUGAGUGUCGCCAAGCGUGUAUCGGAAGAAAUGGACCUCAAGUUUGGUAAAGAAGUGGGCUACACGAUCCGAUUUGAAGAUAUGACAGAGCGUGGAUCUACGUUCCUGAAGUAUAUGACGGACGGCAUGCUCUUGCGGGAAGCCAUGAACGAUCCGAACCUUGAGCGUUACAGCACCGUGAUUCUUGACGAGGCACACGAACGCACACUAGCGACAGAUAUCCUCAUGGGUUUGCUGAAGGAUGUAGCCAAACGUCGCCCAGAUCUGAAAAUUAUUGUCAUGAGUGCCACGCUCGAUGCGCUCAAGUUUCAAAAGUACUUCAACAAUGCUCCUCUUCUGAAGGUGCCAGGGCGUACAUUCCCUGUGGAAGUGUUUUACACACAAGAACCCGAGAAAGAUUACGUUGAAGCGGCCAUUCGUACUGUGCUAAUGAUCCACCAGGCAGAAGAUCCCGGUGACGUGCUCGUAUUCCUCACGGGCGAGGACGAAAUCGAAGACGCUUGCCGUAAGAUCCGCACUGAAGGCGAAAAGCUGCUGGAGGAAGAGCCCGACCUCUGUGGUCCCCUCAAGGUUGUGCCGCUGUACUCGUCGCUUCCACCAUCUCAGCAGCAGCGCAUCUUUGACCCAGCUCCGGAACCGUCUCGUCCAAAUGGACCACCUGGCCGCAAGGUUGUUGUAAGCACCAAUAUCGCCGAAACGUCGCUUACAAUUGACGGUAUUGUGUACGUGGUUGAUCCUGGAUUUAGUAAGCAAAAGGUGUACAACCCACGCAUACGUGUGGAAUCGCUGCUUGUCAGCCCUAUUUCCAAGGCAUCAGCCCAGCAGCGGGCAGGACGCGCAGGCCGUACACGUCCAGGUAAGUGCUAUCGAUUGUAUACGGAGCGCGACUGGGCGAGUGAGUUGAUCGAGCAGUCGUAUCCUGAGAUCCUGCGCAGUAACUUGGCCAACACCGUGCUGGAACUCAAGAAGUUGGGCAUCGAUAACCUUGUCACGUUCGACUAUAUGGACCCGCCAGCACCAGAGACCGUCAUGCGUGCACUCGAACUGCUCAACUAUCUCGGCGCAUUUGACGACCAUGGUAACCUCACCCCGUUAGGCGAGGUGAUGGCCGAGUUCCCUCUGGAUCCACAGCUGGCCAAGAUGCUGAUCGUCUCUCCCGAAUUCAAGUGCUCGAACGAGAUCCUGAGUGUAGCGGCCAUGCUCAGUGUGCCGAACGUGUUUGUGCGUCCAAGUCAGGCCUCACAGCGCCAGGCAGCUGAUGCGGCGCGUGCCGAGUUUGCCCAUCCCGACGGCGAUCAUCUGACGCUGCUGAACGUGUACCACGCCUACAAGACCUACUGCCAAGACAUGAAAACAGGCUCAGAUUGGUGCUGGGAGAACUACCUUUCGCAUCGUGCGCUAAUCCAAGCAGACAACGUGCGGCAGCAGCUCCAGCGCACAAUGGAGCGUUUUGACUUGUCGCUUGUGUCGUUGCCGUUUGAAGACAAGCGCUACUACUCAAAUAUCCGACAGGCUAUCGCGUGCGGCUUUUUCAUGCAGGUCGCGCACAAGUCGGCGGGUGGCGGUGGCCGAGGUGCUUACACAACUAUCAAGGACAACCAAAUUGUAACGCCGCAUCCCUCGACGACACUCGACCACAUGCCAGAGUUUGUCGUGUACCAUGAGUUUGUGCUGACGUCGCGCAACUUCAUCCGUACUGUCACUGAGGUGCGUCCUGAGUGGCUGCUUGAGUUUGCACCUGCCUACUAUGAUCCCAGAACAUUCGAGGGUGAACUCAAACGCAUCUUUACUGCCCUCCAAAACAAGGGGAAGAGGAAGUCGUAG